UUUCCCUUCCACUGUGACGACCCGCUCCUUUCUACCAUUAAUUUCUUCAGCCGAUGUUCCCGUGACUUCGUGGGCUUGUGUUUGGGGUUUACUGUGUGAGCUGUCGACUCUGGCUGCAGCUUGUUUGAACAACAUGGGGGUUUAAGGGACGAGGGAGGAAGGGAGACAAGGAGCAAAGCAAAGGGACCUCCGCAUCUUUCUCUCCGCAUCUCCUCAUCCUCCUUGCUGCUGUGGGGCUGGAGAGGACCAUGCAUCACCUCAGACCAUGGCGAGCUCUGCUGCUUCUCACCGUGCUGUGCCAAACAGGGCUCUCGGACAAAUACGGUUGCCUGUUUGAAAGAAAACUGUGCACGAGGGAUCAGUUCUGCUCAGAUGACGGGCUGUUUGGUCAGUGCCACAGCUCUAAACAGGACCAGGUCCAGUACCAGGUGUCAGUCCCUGUUCUGAAGAGGAUGCAGGAAGUCCUCAAACAGCUCAUGCUCCAAGGUCUUUCAUGGCAGGAUGACAUCACCCAGUACAUUUUAUCAAAGGAGCUGAAGCGAGUUCCUCGCACCACCGUCCCCUCGAAGCCAAACUCCUCUUCCUCCACCUUUCAUUCACCUCAGUCUAAACAGCACGUCCCCAGUCACCACAGAUCAGGGUCCACAUCUCCGGGUGGCAACUACAUGGACUACAUGAUCGUUGAGCCUCCUCAAUCUCAAAUGCGCAUGGAGACUGCAUCCAUGGACCCGUACACCUACCACCAGCACAGGUAUCAAGACGAGGUGGAGAGAUCUCUCAUAGGGGCGGGAGUCAACUACGCCCGCCCCUCCUCAAGGUCCCAGGCCAAUCAGAGGGAGCGAGAGCGAGAACGAGAGCGAGAGCAGCGUGACAGGCAGCUGCUACAGGAGGCCUUGUCUGUCUACCUGGCGUCUGCACAGCCCACGUAUCGCCACCGGGGGGCUGCUGCCAUGGCCCCUGCAGGUCUGCCUUACUAUGAGGACUUGGACCUGGAGAUACCAGUGGAUUAUGUGGAGGACUACACCCUAGAGGAGAGACUUGGCACUGCAGGCAGACCGCGAAUGCAGAAUGAGAAGGUUGCUCAGGACUUCAGCACUGUGCCUGGAAACAACAAUGGCUUGCUCCAGAGGAUCUCGGGGGUCUUGCAGAGGUACGGAGUCGACCCCAGAGAACUGAGUCAGGAGCAGCUCUACAGGCUUGCGCUGAUGCUGCAGCUGCUGCAGGCCCAAGAGAAAGAGGGUACAUCUCCUAACACGUUCACAAAGGAACAAGAAGGGAAGAGUGGGAAAGAUCCAAUGGAGAAGGACCUCUUCACCCUCAAGCAGAUGCCGAUGGUAAAAACAGACAGUCAAAUAUCAAACAAGCCGCAGAAGCCUGCUCCUGUUGCCGGGCCGGCCGCUGCCUCUCCUGCUGCCCCCUCCUCUGCCUCGAUCCCGGCUACACCUCCAGCCAAGAUCCCCAGCCGCCCCUCCUCGGCACCUCAGCCUCCGCAGGUCUCUCCUGCAGCGCCUGGACAAGGCCUGAAGGAUCAGGGGCCGCCACUGGUGGAGGGCACGGGAGCCAAGGAGGAGUAUGGGUACAUCGUCACCAACCAGAGUCCUCUGGGUCUGUAUGAUGGUGUGAAGCUGUUGGAACUACUGGCUGAUAAGAUUCACCUGACGACCAGCAGCUUCAUCAACAUCAGUGUGGUGGGUCCUGUGCUGACGUUCCGUAUCCGCCAGAAUGAACACAACAUGACAGCCGGAGAGGUGGCUGCUAAAGCUGUGUCUGAAAAGAAGUUCCUGGAGUCUGAGACGGGUUUGAAGAUCAUACAGACCGGCGUGGGCGAGAGGACAGAUGCACGGGGUCUCCCUCAGGUAACCAGGGUUUCCCAGGGCUCCAGUGGCACGGUUAUCACCCUGGUUUCCAUGGCAGUCGUAGGCGGCUUGCUGGUAUUGGCCACGGCCGUAGCCUGUCUGAGGCACUACGCUCAGCAGGUGACCAAUGGCAAGAUCGGCCUGGGGCCAGAGGCAGGAGCAGAAACACACUUCGACUACCAGGAGCUAUGUCGGCAGCACAUGGCCUCCAAGUCCGCCUCGUCCCGCCAGGACUGCAUGGGCGGGGCGAGCAGCAGCGUAGCGGGGGCCGUCAUAGGCUCGGGCGCCGGCGGCCGCCGCGGCACCGACACGUCUCGCGUCAGCAGCGUCUCCUCCCAGUUCAGCGAUGGUCCGCAGCACAGCCCGUCCUCCACCCACAGCUCCACCCCUUCCUGGAGCGAAGAGCCGGCCCAGUCCAACAUGGACAUCUCCACCGGUCACAUGAUACUAGCUUAUAUGGAGGACCACCUGCGUAACAAGGACCGUCUUCAGAAGGAGUGGGAGGCUUUGUGCUCCUACCAGGCCGAACCCAGCUCCAUGGCUGUGGCCCAAGGCCCGAGCAACAUGGACAAAAACAGACACGCUGCGUCCCUCCCCUAUGACCACUCCCGGGUGAAGCUGAAGUCUGAAGUAAACUGCAACAAGCAAGAUUACAUCAACGCUAGUGCCAUCUCUGACCACGACCCUCGCCAACCAGCUUAUAUUGCCACUCAGGGACCUCUGCCCCACACCGUUGCUGAUUUCUGGCAGAUGGUGUGGGAGAACGGCUGCACGGUGAUCGUGAUGAUGUCAGCGCUGGUGGAGGAUGGGGAGAAGCAGUGCGAGCGAUACUGGCCUGACGAGGGCUCAGCGCUCUACCACAUCUAUGAGGUGAACCUGGUGUCGGAGCACAUCUGGUGUAAGGACUUCCUGGUGCGCAGCUUCUACCUGAAGAACGUCCAGACUCAGGAGACCAGGACCUUGACCCAGUUCCACCUGCUGAGCUGGCCGGCCAAUGGCAUCCCCACCUCCACACGGCCGCUGCUGGACUUCCGCAGGAAGGUGAACAAAUGCUACAGAGGUCGCUCCUGCCCAAUCAUCGUUCACUGCAGCGAUGGCAUCAGCAGGACUGGCACGUACAUCCUCAUUGACAUGGUGCUGAACCGCAUGGCCAAAGGAGUGAAGGAGAUUGACAUCGCAGCCACACUGGAGCACAUCAGAGACCAGAGAGCUGGCUUGGUCCACACCAAGGACCAGUUUGAGUUUGCACUGACAGCAGUAGCAGAGGAGGUGAACGCCAUCUUGAAAGCGCUGCCACAGUGAGCGGCGAGGACGCACUGAGGACACAUGCAGACAGAGAGGACAGAAAACGCACUCCUAAGGACCCACUGGUGCAGCCCCGCCAUGUGGCCAUCACUGUAAAUAAGAAUUUGGUCCACCACACUUGUUUUCAGCAUGCAGUAUUUUACCAUCUACUCACUGUCUGGGGUUUUUAAAACUUUUGGAACUUGAUUUUACGAGAAGUACACUAAAUGACGCCGAUGCACAUAUGGAGAGAGUUGUCAACAUUAAGGCACAAAUUUGAGUCUUUUAUAUCAACAUUUUCAACAAUUGAGGCCGUUACAUGUGAAGUCCAAAGAGUAAGGACGUGAAGAUACUGCGCUGGUGUGAAUCCUGAAUCCACAGUGCAGAACAGGGGCCUAUUUGUUGUGUAGUCACACAAUCAGAGGGGAUGUCAUUCAUCUCUGUAUGAUUGUAACAACACAAUAUUAAACAUCGCUGACCUGCUUGAUCCCGUCUUUACCUCAUGAUUACCUCGAAUAAACAGAUUCAUGGCCUCCAGCACCGAGGGUUUGCUUUAGCCGUUCCGCUGAAUGUUUCAAAUUCAUCAGACUCAUGUUAAAAUAAUGUUUAAUCCCUUAAAAACACAGCUCUUACCGAUGCACACCAAGGUUUCUUCUCUCCGCUGAACUCUCUGAGCGUAUAUUGUUACAUGUGCACCGGAACACUGUAUGCUACCGUCUAAGUGUGUGUUGAUUCCCAGCAGGUUUUCAUUUUGAGAGGCACCUCUUAGCUUUUGACGACAUGAUUGUUUGACACUGUACUCGAAGUCCACCACACACACACACACAAACACACACACACACACACACAUACAUACACUAAGUAAUAUGUUUCGGCAUUUUAUUGUCUUGCUCAGUGUGAGUCCUUGUGAUUAAUGUAAAUAAUUCAUCCUGAUGAUUGUGUAUCUUUCAUGUAGCAGACAGAUGGAAAAUAUCUAUAAAAAUGUAUUUUUGACUGGAAAUUAAUAAAUUUGUGAUGUGACGCAGCAGAACUAAAAGGCUUGAGUGCUCUUCUUUAGAAAUGUACGUUACAGUAGGUUUAAUAAAAGCUGUGGUGAACAUUUAAAAAAGAUAUAACUCAACUUGUAUUCGAUAGCCACAUUUCAUAUCAGUCCUUAUAUGUAGUUU